GGUCUCUGUCCCACUGGCCACUGACAGCAUCGGCUUUACAUAGCGAGGCGCAACGUCAUUGCAUCAACCGCGUUUCUCGGCAGCCGCCUAAUUUAAUCGCAUCCCCGAUGUCGUCUCGACGAGUAGAGAUGGCUCUCAUGAGCCUGGGUAGGCGACCGCUUACCUGUCUCUACUGCCAAUCGCGAAGAUCGUUUACCUCGUCGGCCCUGCGUGCAGCUCGUCCCGAAAAGCCCGCGGCCGGCACCUCCUUUGAUCCCAAGAGCGACAUCUCCGGCCCGGCCAUUGAGGCGCCCCGAAGUUAUGGCAAGAAAUUCCAAGGAGAGUUUACGCCGAUGCCACUGCCCCGUCCGAUUGGCAUGCCGCUGCCGCCACGACCAGGCGAGAACACUGGCGUCGACAACCGCACGCGCGAACAGCGCAAGAAAGACUUUUCCGAUUACGACAAGCAUCUCGAGCGAAGAAAAGAGCUGACGGCUAAGCUCGCCCGACCUUACUUCCGUGAUUGGGGCAAUCUGCAGCAUCACAAGGGUAAAUCCUUUAUUGCGCCGCCUCGCCUCUUCAAGGCUGAAGUAUCGCUCUUCUUCCCCAACCUCUACGGCCAGACUAUUCUCAAGGACGACAAGGAACCCCGCGACACAACACCCCUCAUGACUGGCCGAGCCACUGUCGUCUCCAUCUUCAGCAGUCAAUGGGCCGAGUCCCAGGUCGCCACAUUUGCGUCAAAGGAGGCUAACCCGGCGCUACAUGAAGUUCUUGCGAAAAACCCAACCAUAGCACAGCACGUCAACAUCAACUACGAGGAUAAUGCAGGCAAGGCGUGGCUCGUCAGCUUCUUCAUGGGCUCUCUGCGCAAGCGAUUCCCCGAGCGUGACUGGGACAAGUACUUUCUCGUCCGCGGUGGUAUUACCGACAACAUUCGCGAAUCGAUUGGCCUGCUGAACAGUAAGGUCGGAUACACGUAUCUGGUGGACCAGCACUGUCGCAUUCGUUGGGCAGGCAGUGGGCCCAGUGAGGAGCACGAGCGAGAGAGUCUGGCCAAGGGAUUGGCCAAGCUUGUCGACGAUAUUGGCAAGGAGGCCAAGCUACCAGCAUCAGCUAGAGAACAAUCUCGCGGCAAGGAACAUCUUGUUCAACAAAAAGCAUAAACCAUUCUCCAUGUAUAACAUUUUACGAGGCUAGUAAGACUUGCCUCUUGUAUAUUAAUAGACAUCUUUUGAACCGUCGCUACUGCUAGGUUUCUUUUUACAAAAAAGAAGAAGACGAAGAAGAACAACGGCGCUGCACGCUGAAAUAAACAAAUGCGCUGGUGGUAACCUCUCUCUCUAAAACGCCUGAAUCCCAUGAAACUUGCUUGCCCUGUUUUGUCGUAAAGGUGCCAGCCUAUAGUGUUACAUGAACCAAAAGAAAACAAUGAAGCAGAAUGCAAUAAAGCCGCCCAUAAUAAUACCGUCUCUUCGCUUUCGCGCUGAUAUUCUGCCGAUAAUUGUGUUGAUCCCAGGGACCUGGCUAGCUGCGAGCGUGAUGCGUCGGUUGAUGCUGGCCAGCGUUUCUCGUUGGAGGUUGAAGCUGUCGUUGACGGCAUACGCUUGGCUCAGGAUACUAUCGGUCAUGUUGUUGCUGUUAUCGAUGCGAUUGCGCUCGUCCAGCAUAUACUCUGCCUCCGCGGCUUCCGGGUUGUUGGCGCGGUACUGGUUGAUGUCGUCGCGGACAUUGGAGAGGAGAUUUGCUCGGUCGCGGGCUGUCUGGAGGCUUGAGCGCAGCCGCGUCAAGUCUCGCUUAUGCGCUGAGAGCUUUUCGCGGAGGAGCGAAAGGUUAUUUUGCUUAAGGGCCGACGAUGUGAGCGUGGACUCGCUGUCGAGCAGUCUGGCUAAUUGGGCGAUUGUCGAUUCGCGCUGGGACAAGCAUUUGUGUUAGUUAUGCGGGUAAGCUGUGAACCAGCGCUGCGCCUACCUUUUCCAGCAGCUCUUCGAUUUUCGUCUCUGCUUCGGUUUCCUCCUCUGUCGGCUUUGGCGAGACCUUUGCGGCGGAUGAGAAUUGUGAAUAGGUAUGAAACAUGCUCUCCGUCUAGGGACGACAAGUCGAUGGUUAGCGCCUUUGUAAUGGAUAGAGGGGGCUGUUCACCAAGGAGCAUACUUGGGAUUCUAAUGUUCUCGCUUGCUGUCUGAGCUGUGCCCAGCCAGCAUUACCUGU